AUGAUCUGGCUUGAGGCAUACAAAACGAACAACGACCCACGAGUAAUUGCAGGUUAUUUUGUACUUGCUGUUGCUGAGAAUAACGGAUUUCCACAAAGAAUUCGCAUUGACCAUGGAACUGAAAAUACUCAUAUAGCAGAGAUGCAAAAAUUCUUCAGAGACACUGCAAGUGCUGAUUGUGUCACUCUUGGUCCAAGCACUGGGAACCAGAGAAUCGAACGAUGGUGGUCCACUUUGAGAAGCCAGUGCAUACAGUUUUGGAUGGAUCAUUUUGAACAACUAAAAGAAGAUGGACACUUUGUUGACAGUUUCAUUGAUAAAUCUCUCAUCCAGUUUUGCUUUCAACAUUUUAUACAGGAAGAGCUUGAUGAAACGGUCAGUGCCUGGAAUUGCCACAGGAUACGGCCAACUCACAACCCUCGUGCUCCCAGUGGUCGACCUUCAAUAAUGUUUGCUGUUCCCAGCUUAUAUGGAGUGCAGAAUUUCUUGCAUCCAAUUGAACAAACAAAACUGAAUAUUUGCCAAGAGGAGUGUUUAUUUAAAGACUACCCUUGUGAUGAGGAUGUCUUUCAACUGUGUGUAGAACUCAUGACUGAGCAUAACCUUGUCAUGUCAGAUGAUGUUUAUGAAAUUACAGACCUUUACCUCCAGCUUCGUGAAUUGAUCCUUCAAGGACUGGACAUUGAGGACUAG